AGAACGAGCAAUACGAAGUGCGAACCGAGCAGUAAGGAGAUUUUCUCAGUUAUUUUCUGUGAUUCUACGAGUGUAAUUAAUUUGUUUGAAAGGGAAAAAAUGUCGCUGCUACCAUUCGUAUUUGGGUACGAAUCGCCGCGCUACCGCCACCACUGGCCUAGCCGGCUCCUCGACCAAGAUUUCGGCUUGUCAUUGACACCGGACGACAUGCUUACAGUUGUUGCGACGCCUAUGAUGUCGUCAGACUACUACAGACCUUGGAGGCAGCUAGCGGCCGCAGCGAGAGACAUCGGCUCCAGCAUCAAAGCCGACAAGGACAAGUUCCAGAUCAACUUGGACGUGCAGCAUUUCGCGCCUGAAGAGAUCUCGGUGAAGACCGCGGACGGGUUCGUGGUGGUGGAAGGCAAGCACGAGGAGAAGAAGGACGAGCACGGGUACAUCUCGCGGCAGUUCGUGCGGCGGUACGCGCUGCCUGAAGGCGCGACGCCGGACGCCGUGGAGUCGCGGCUGUCUUCAGACGGCGUGCUGACCAUCACGGCGCCGCUGAAGGUGCCCGAGGCGGUCAAGGGUGAGCGGAAGGUGCCCAUUGCGCAGACAGGACCUGUGCGCAAGGAAAUCAAAGACCAGAGCGAGGGGGAAAAGAAAUAAAAUACCUAAUGAAUGUAUUAUUUUCCUUUAUUUUUAAGACUGAUAAUUUACUCAUUAUGUGACUCUUCUAGAUUCAUAUUUUUUUAAUAUUCCUGUAACUUUUAUUUUUAAAUAAAUUGAAGUUACCAUAAUUUUAA